AUGGCCGCUCAGACCAGCAUCCCACCAGACCUUUCCGACGCUGACAGAACCAUCAUAUUUCAAAGUCUUGACACGGAAUUGAAUUCAAGGAUACUUUACUCUCUAUUAACUGGGUUAUAUACCGGAGUCGUUGCCGUCAUGUUGUGGAACAUCUUCACGAACAAGUCCCGGCCUGUCGGAUGGGCUAUAGUCGUCGUCAUAACCCUCCUCUAUAUUGUUACUAAUCUUUGGACGGAAAAUGUGUUUUACGGGAGUCCUGGAGUAACGACGAUAAUUAGUGCGGGUACGGCAAGCGCCAUCGGUACUAUCCUCGCGGAUUCUACCAUGAUCUGGCGCUGUUGGAUAGUCUGGGGCCGGCAAUGGGUGAUCGUUCUCCUGCCUAUACUUUUCCUUCUUAGCGCAACUGCAUUCAAAAUUGUUGCUACACUUUUGAAUUCGUGCUCUAUUCAUCCUUCCCUCCUCGCUACAACUUUCUGGUGCACCGCUCUUAUCGUCUACCGCAUUGUCACUGUAGGAGGCGAGGCAGUGGGGGGUGGAGUGAGAACUUACCGUCAUAUCAUCGAGGUCUUGGUCGAGUCGUCGGCUCUUUAUUCAGCAUGCUUAAUCUUAUACGUGGGGUUCUACGCUCGUGAUUCCUACGUGGGACCGUACUUUGAUAUCUUAGCGGGAAGUGCAAGGGGAAUUGCCCCGACCCUCCUUGUAGGACGUGUUGCCGCAGGUCAUGCCCGCCCAGAUGACUCGUGGCAGGGGAGUGUGGUAUUGGGCUCGCUCCGCUUCACUUUUGGGACGCACACCAGAGGCCAUGGUUCCACGAUGAGCGACGAUCCUGAAGCUCAGCGGGAGGGAGGUAACGAGUAUGGUCAUCCCAUCCUCUCAGCGGAAUCCCGGGGAAAUGGUCUCGACGCCCAGCAAGAUAGACCGGAAGACGAUCCAAACACCGUACUUGUUGUUUCAAGGGAUUGA